CUGGAAAUGCAAUUGGGAACUCAUUUCGUAGGUUUAUUUGUAACUAUGCAGUACCAAAUUGUAAAACACUUGUGUAGAUUCCGGAUUUUUGUUAUUUCUAGUUUUAUGGCGAUGUUCGUUUAUGUUUUGUUAUAUCACUACGUAUUACACACCACCGGAUAUGAAACCUACUUUACUGCAAACGAUAGGCUCCAAAAAUCUAUCAAAAAUUAUACCAUUAAUGCAGAAUGGCAUAUAAAUGCGGUUCCAAUGUUCUCUGACGUAAUGGCGAGAAAGCUUGAGCAGAACAUGCACAGUCAAUUCAGUACUGGUUACAAGCUUAGACUCGGAAGCCGGAAAUCAAUCAAUUGCGAUCAAACAACAUUUACUGUUCUUGGAGAAAAGGCUAUUCACUUUGGUGAGUUCUUUAGCAUAGUCAUCAAAGCUAGGGAUAAAAAUGGCCAAACACUAGAAAGAGGAGGAGACUUUUGGUUUGCUACGAUCUCAAAUUCAAAACUUGCGACACGAAGUGCUGGGAAAGUCAUCGAUUACAAAAAUGGAACAUAUGAGGUUAUUUUUUUGGCUUCAUUUACCGGAAAUGUAACAGUUGACAUAGUUUUGGUUGCACAAACAGAGGCAAUUGCAUGGUUACGUCAAGUAUUUUGGCCAGCAGAACAGAAAUUAAAGUGGGUCGGCUACUUUUCGGGGCAAACAAAUUAUAAUUCGAAAAAGAAAACGAAAAAGAAAUCAAAGGUAGAAACAAGUUUCUGCUAUCUUCAAGGAGGACUCCAAUGGAAUGAUAAAUGUGAAUUUAGACAUGCCACCGCCCUGGGAUCUGUAGUAUUUGCCUGUGGCAGACCAGCGACUUUUGAAUGUGAUUCUCUGAUAGCCAUUAAAAUAGAGCCACAUCAUGCAAGUCAGAUGACGAAGAGAAUGAUAGCAGGAAAGGAAUACAUGUUCAAUAGUUCUUACAGAAGCUUAAGUAACGGACCUACAACCGUCAGAAUUAUUGACAGAGAACUGCCGAUUUCGACAGUAGACAAAGUGUUAUCUCCCGAUUUCUUUCAAUUGUCCGUGUGCCUGCCGGACCAACUGGAACCACUUACAGAAGGGUACUGGGUUGGUAACAAAUGGAUUAAUCUAAGAUGCAAAACCAAAGAGUGGCGUAUAGAAGAGAUAAAACACUGCAUUCGCAAAAAGAAAUUCUACCUAAUGGGAGAUUCUACUACACGUCAAUGGCUCGAGGUGCUCACCAAGUAUCUCGGUUAUAAAGCUGAUAAGAAUUAUAAAUAUACUAAGAUUGUAGCUAAUCAUAAUAAUACAUUAAAUGCAUUGUUCCAAUUCUAUCCUUUCAUUGUAACAAAUAGAAAAAUCAGCAUUGACGAUGUAAAGUUCGAGUCUGAUCUUCUACAAAGUCUUCCAGAGAAUGGGUGCGACUAUAUAAUUGUCAUCAGCCCUUGGGCACACUACACACAAUGGAAGCAAUCCGACUAUCGGAGACGACUUGAACAACUACGGAAUGCAAUUCUGAGAUUCAGAGGCAAAUGUCCCAACACGCCCAUCAUAAUAAAAGGAUCGCACGCUAGACACUACCGAAGUUCUCUCCGUUCUAUUUACAGUAGUGAUUAUACACUUUUUAUGAUUGGAAAAACUAUGGAAAAUGUAUUUAAAGGAAUAGGUGUGUAUUUUAUGGACGUCUGGGACAUGAAUUUAGCGUAUAGCUUUUUUAGAAAGAUACAUAUGCCCACAGAAGCUGUUAUGCUGUUACAUUGGCGAGACAGGCCGACAUUCUUCGACACGCCUGCGCGAGCACCUAAAAUGGUGGAUGAGAAAUCACAUUUGAAAAGCUCCCGUCAUUGCAAACAACUAGCCAAUGAGGACUGUUUUACCAUAUUGGACUCCGCCUCAACAACUCAACUUCUCAAAAUUAAAUUUCCUUAUACAAAUGAUUGCCUUUGUGCAAUACUAUGUUAA